GUCUCCAGUAGUUCGCCUAUCUCUUCUCAAGACGAUGACAAAGGUCUAGUUCGACUGGCAAAGCUGAUGGCGCAGAAGGGCCUGUGUUCAAGACGUGAAGCGGAAGCGUACAUCCAAGCUGGAGAUGUAUUGGUCAAUGGUGAACGUGUUCAGGCCGAUUGGCUAAAGGUGCCUGCGGAAAGCGAUGUCCGUCUGGACUUCCGAGCUCAAAGACACCAAAACAAGAAGGUAACGCUGGUGUUGAACAAGCCCUUGGGCUAUGUGUCGUCUCAACCGGAGGACAACAAGACUCCAGCCGUCCGAUUGCUUACCUUUGAAAACGAAUGCCAAGAGCUGAGUCGCGUAAAGCCUCGACAGAAUGUGGAGCCUGUGGCGCUGUGGAAGAUGGCAGUCUGUGGCCGUCUGGACGUUAAUUCGACGGGACUGCUGCUAUUUACUCAGGACGGGACGGUAGCGAAGAAGUUGUUGGACCCCAAGGGCGGGAUCGAGAAGGAAUACCUCGUGCGUGUGGAUCUCAACUUGGAUCCGUUGACAGACAAGAUCCGCAGGAAAAUUGAGGUACUGCGAGCGGGCGUCACGUCGGAUGAGGGUAUUACUUAUCGCGCCAAGUCGGUGGAGAUCCUAAACGCCAAUCAACUGCGAGUGAUUCUUACGGAAGGUAAGAACCGACACAUUCGCCGUAUGUGUGAACAUGUCGGACUGCGUGUGAUGGCACUCAAGCGUGUACGCAUUGGUGGCGUGAAGCUUGGCUCACUGCCUGUUGGGCAGUGGAGAUACUUGCAACCGAAUGAUAAGCUUUAGAGUGGAAGACAUACACUUUGUAAUGGACUUAGAUGUUGAUGAAUACUCAAAUGGCUUGGUUAUUCG